AUAAAUGUUUCUAAGGUAUGUGUUUCUUAGCUUAAAAUAAGAUUUACAUUGGAAAAGAAAAUGAGAAUUUCAUCCUCAAUCACACCAGUAUUGCAAGCAUUAUGUAACAUCUUUCAUUCAUUGUCAGAUGUGAAAUUAUAUCUACCACUUUCUAUUGCAAGUUUAUGUAUCUAAAGAACUUGAUCCCAUCAUAAUGGAUGUAGAUACCAUUAUUAUUUUUUUUUAAUUUUACAUAUAUUCAGUCUAAUUAGAGCUAGAUUCUUUGGUCCGCGCACGAUCUAGAUAUUUCGACUGAGAACAAAAUGAAUAAUAAUUAAUUCGUAUUCAUUUUGAUCUCAGUCGAAAUAUCUAGAGAUAUUUAUAUAUAAUUUGAGAACAACCAAAUCAAAUGGAUAAGAAUGACUAUGGUAGUUAAUUUAGAUAUUAGGCCUAAAGACCAGAAGAAAAUAUGAAUAAUUAAGAGAGAAAGAGAGAGAGAGAGAGAGAGAGAGAGAGAGAGAGAGAGAGAGUAGCAUGAUCAUUGUCUUCUAUGAAAAACCAAUUGACAUGUUUUGGUUUAUUUCAGCUCAUAAUAUGAUCAUGUACAUAUGUUUAUAUACGUCAUACUACACGAAGAAUCUCGAAUAAUAAAUGGAACAAAUUGUCCACAGCUAAGGGUACAAUAAGAACGAUAACUCUUGGUAACUACUAAACAAUUUUCUGUUUUGGUAUGGUUUAACAUAUGUACAGAAAUGCCUUAAAACGUUUAAAAUAAUGGACAUAACGUAGAUGUUGUAUCAAUCAUAAAUGUAGUUCUCUGUGUGAAUUAGGCUAAACAAGGAAAAACUUGCAUUCAUGGUAAGCUUGUUGCGGUUUAUCAAAAUGCGUACGUAUUGGAGGCGCAACUGGACCGGGAACUUCGUCGCACUGACAGCUGUGGGGAUAUUUAUCAUCACUUACGUAAAGCUUCUGCAAUACAACAAAGCCAGCUCCACCACAUUUAAUCUUGUGGCCAACCGUCAUCGCAGAAUCCGAGGGUUACACCAUAGUCACACUGACCGCAAGGGGAACUGGACCAACAAAUCAAGAAUGGCUGUUCAUGUGGUGGAGGAACACCAUCAGGUGAUCCCAAUUUGGAUGAAUGCAGUAAAGUCUGGAACUCUGAAACCACGUGACAACGUCUUGAUCCACAUUGAUGGUCACUCUGACAUGGCUCCACCCUUCUUUUUUCCGGGAUAUCCGGCAUUCCGAAUGCCAAGAGACAGCAGGGAAAUCAAUAUGUUGGUCCAACGCAAUGAUGCAUUUAUAGUUCAAUCCAUCAUGGCUGGUAUUUUGAAGAGAAUUAUCUGGGUGUGGCCUAAGUGGGACCAAGAAAACCAUCAAGCACUGUAUGAACAGGUGCGGGGAGGUGUAGGAAUGGCCACUGUCCGCUCAGGUGAGGCACUCAAAGAGAAAGUGUUCUGUACUUGCAUCAGAAAUCAGAGCAAUAUCAAGGAGUGCAGUUACUUUCCAUUUCCUCAUGAAGGACUUCUGAAUGUGGGAACGGAGCAGCCAUUAAAGCCUUCGUUGUGCACUAUCAAGAGAGAGUUCGUGUUGGAGUCUGUGAGAGAGGACGAGGCAGUUAGGAGGCUAUCCGGGUCCGGCUGGAUUCCGAAGCAAGACAGUGUCAUGCUGGACAUCGACCUGGAUUACUUUGGAUGUACACAUGUAUCACAGCCACUGGUGGACUCUGGAAUGUCUGUGGCAUUGUUAACCAUGAUGAACGGUGUCCUGUGGAAAUUGUUCUGUCCGAAAUCUGUGCAAGAAGAGCAGGAGACCGACAAAGUGUUAGUGAAAUCUCUAAAUCUUUUCCAGACUGCUCUAGAUUGUAAAUCAAAACCACAAGAUAAGCAAAAUUCAUACAAAAAGUGCAAAGAUAAAGCUCAAAGGGAGACAAGGGACAUGUUGAAACGCUUCCUCUGGUAUCAGGGGAAAAGGGUGUCCUGUGGAAAAAAGAGUAGAGAAUCGGAGAAUCUCCUUAACCAGCUGAUUGAUCUGUUCUUUGGACAUCUGAAUGCUAAACAGAUAUCCUUGCUGAAAAAGAUUGGCUUCUGUCUAACAACUACGCUCAACUCCUAUCUACCUCUGACUAACCCAGGAUUUCAAAUCUGCAUGGGGGCCAACACACCAACAGAUUCUGUGGUCCUCACACACAGACCGACCAAGAACGAGACAAUUCAGAGAACCUCCACACUGAUCAAGUUUCUGACGACCCUUAAAUCAAGGCAGCACAGACCACGCCUGAUAACAGUGUGUCGGUCAAUUCGUGAUGGCUACACUCCUAGGUUUUUGUACUAUUUGAUUGACCAUAGUGUGAUGAAAUCGUUAAAUAGUUGCUUUGGAAAUACAAAAGUGCAGUAUGACCCUUGGUUACUGGGAGGUAGACACGGUUGGCCGCACAGGCAUAAGUCAUUGUAAUAUUAAUAAGAAAUGUAUUGGACUAGAUGUUAGGUUGCUUCUGUGUAAUUGUGACUGUAAUUGUGAUAAAUGAUCGGUUUGAGUGGAGUGAAUUUGUCUUCAUGCAUGUUAUGUGUUCAUUUACAGAAUACUCUUUCUUUCAAGUCAAUAUUGUAUGUUGAAUUUAACUUCUCAUGUCUGCAACCUUGGUUUGAUUCUUGUCAUAAGCAGUGGUUACACAGUAUUACAUGGGAUAGGGUAUGGUGGUCGCCCACUCAGACACGAGAAUUUCCCCCGGGUACUUUGGUUUCCUUUCACACUGAUAACCCCCUCAUGCAAACAUCUGUGCAAAAACCACUGUAAGUACCGGAGCUUUUAUGGGUUGCCAUCAAGGUGUUUGUUAUAUAAGUAAAAAAAAAAAUUAUUUAUUUUUUAAUGACACUUUGGAAACUUAGCAAUUUGAUCAAUAUUUUACAUCCUUGAGAGUACACAUGUCGGUCUGCAAUUUAAUCGUGAUCAUACAUCUAUGUUCGUAUAUUGAAGGUUUAGUUUGCUGGCUUUUAAUUAUGUUUAAUUUGAUUGUAGAUAAUAUAGUUCAUCAUGGGAUGGUGUUUAUGUUAUGUUACUACUGCUCUUUUGAUAAGAACAUGGUAUGUGUACAGGUCUGGAGAGGUUCUGUAGCCAGGAACGUAUUAUCUGUAAUCAGAGUAUAAUUUUUGAAAUAAUCUGCGUGCAAUUUAUUUUGUUGAAAGUUUAAAUUGCUAUUGUAUGUAUCGCAUAAUAUUCAGAUCCAAGGGACCUAACCCAGGGAUAAGGGCAUGAUCAUUACUAUUGGAAUAUGUAUUUAUUGAUGUAAUUUGGAAUUAUUUAUUGAUCAUUGUGUGUUGUUGAGGCUCAAAUAUCAUUCAUGGUGAUCCCUUCCUACCAGUAGUAAAUUUAUUAAUUUCUGACCAAUGAUAUACAAUUAAAUUCAGUACUACGACAUAUAUAUCCAUUUCAGUUGUAAAUUAUUCCAUAUUGCAUUUGGUGUACCGUAUUAGGCAUUUAAUUUAUUGUUUAAUUUAUGAGUAACAACUGUAAUGCAUUAUCAGUAGACAAAGUUUUGAUACAUCAUGUGCAUCACCAGUCUGUGAUGGUUUAGUGGUAUUUAGUCGUACAUAGGAUUUAAAGUUUUCUAUGUCUGUUGCAAUAGAAAUUAAAAUCUCAUAGGAUCAAGAAUCAUCUACGUACAAGUUUGAGAAUGGAAUCGUGAUUGUGAAAUCCAGCAUAAAAUGGAAUUUCAAUUUCAAAUAUUCUAUUUCGAAUAUUCUAUUCGAAUAUAAAAUUGUUACUUGGAGAAUAAUUUGGACUGGACUAAGAUUUUUGAUUUAAAGAGAACACGGACUUUGCAUACAAGAGAAUAGGUAGUUUUCAUGUAGAUUGAUGAAGCAUUAGAGAAGUACAUUUUAUUGCAAAAUUUUGGGAAAUAAAAAUAAUUUUUAAGUAGAUGAAUUUAUCAAUUCAAGUUUCAAUGAAUGUUGUAACAAAUUUAUUAAAUGCUUGUACAUGCACAUGCCAUCUAUGUUAAAUGUUUUUAACUAGAUUAAUUUAAUUUAGGCCUCUUUGUGAUAAUUGUUCCUUGUUUAUGUGAAUCAAGAAUAAUUGUAUUUAAGAAAUGACGUAUUAUUGUACUAGAAUUUUAGUACAAGCCUUAACUCUGGUACUUGAAUUAAAGGGACAAAACUUCCCCACCUAAAUAAUAUACAUGUAGACAUGUCAUCGUAGGUAGAAAAUGACUGCCUUGCUUACAUCACUGUUAUUCUAGUAUGUAGUAGAAAUGCGUUAGAUUUACAACAUACAUGUAUAGGAUUCCGAGAGCCUUAGCUCACCUGGUUGAUGAGACUCCUCGGCAUUACUGCAAAUGUUGUUUCAAACUCAGUCUAAAUAAAUUCCUGUCCUGCAGAAUGGUUGUGAUGUUUUUGGAAUUAUUCCAAUCCAGGCAUUUCAAAACCUCAAAUUUUCAGUUCUGUUCAAUGUUUGUCAUAUUUGUGAAUUGUACACUUUGUUUUGAAAUAUAUAAUCCUAUCAGAUAAAUACAUGCAAAAUUGAUUCCUUGUAAUUAAAUGCAUAGGGUUUUCCAAAUAAAUUUUAUUUGAGACAUUGUUGAAUGUAUCUAAUUCACAUUUGCACCUUAUUUCAAUGUCAUUGAAUUUAAAAUGUUAUGUCCACAGGAGUUGUUUUUUAGGUUACAUCCCAAUGAGUACGAUUGCAUUUAUAAUGCAUGUAUAUUCAAAUAAAUAUUUGAAUUUUAA